AGUUUGAGCACGAAGUGCGUAGUUGGUGUCGUGCUGGCGAGGCCGCCUGUUUCCUUGACUCUCGCCAGCUCCAGCCGCGAGGGAGGCGCUCCGAGAAGCCCACGAUGGAGGCAGUGACGUUUGAGGAUGUGGCUAUACGCUUCACCAAGGAGGAGUGGGCUUUGCUGAAUCCUUCCCAAAAGAAGCUCUACAGAGAUGUCAUGCGGGAGACAUUUAUGAACAUGGCUGCUAUAGGAAGAACCUGGAGUAACCAGGAAGUUGAAGAAGAGUACAGAAAGUACUGGAGAAGUCUAAGAAGUAAACAUGUAGAGAAAUGCUAUCGAUAUAAAGCUUGGAAUCAGUAUGAAGAAAUCUUCCCAGAUGCUAAUGUGGACAUGACACAAGCUGGUUUAAAACCAGCUGAAAGCCUUGCUUGUGGAAAGCCCCUAAGUGGGCAUUUGUCUCCAAAUGUGCCCAUCAUAGCUCACACUGGUAUGAAGCCGUGUGAGUACACGGGAUUUGAAGAGAAGCUGCAUAAAUGUAAUGAAAAUGGAAGCACUUGUGGUGAUUUCCAGUCCUUUGAGAAGCAUGAAAGGACAAAGGCUGGAGAGAAACCCUAUGAACGCAAUCAGUAUGGGAAAUCCUGCUCUUAUCUUAGUGAAAGAACUCACCUUAGAGAGAAGACCUUUGUAUGUCCGAAAAGAUUAGAAGCCUCUAGCACAUCUAGUGAUGUUCAGAUCCAUGAAACAAAUAACAGCGGGGGGAAUCAAUAUAUAUGUGAAGAAUAUGAGGAAGCUUUUCUUUCAUCCCACUGUAUUCAAGUACAUGAACAGAGGCAUGCUAAAGAGCAGCCCUAUGUAUCUACAGAAGGUGGGACAGCAUUCACUCAUAGUAAUUUUUUUCAUAGGCAUGUGAGUAUUCCCAUUGGGAAGGAACCCUAUCAAUGUAAGCAAUGUGGAAAAGCUUUCUGCACACAUGCUGUUUGUCAGAUACAUGAAAGAACUCACAGUGGGGAGAAACUUUAUAUAUGCAAGCAGUGUGGAAAAGCAUUCUGUACUCAGGUUUCUUAUAAAACACAUAAAAGCACUCACACUAAGGAGAAACCUUAUGGAUGUAAGCACUGUGGUAAAGCUUUCAGCAGACGUAGUAAUUGUCAAAUUCAUGAAAGAACUCACACUGGGGAGAAAUCUUGUAUAUGUAAGCAGUGUGGAAAAGCAUUUGGUACCCUCAGUCAGUGUAAAGUACAUGAAAGAAUUCACACUGGGGAGAAACCGUAUGUAUGCAAGCACUGUGGGAAAGCUUUCAACAGACACAGUUCUUGUCGGGUACAUGAAAGAAGUCACACUGGGGAGAAACCCUAUGCAUGUAAGCACUGUGGGAAAGCUUUUAGUACCCGCAGUUGUUGUCAAAUACAUGAAAGGACUCACACUGGAGAGAAACCAUAUAUAUGUAAGCAAUGUGGAAAAGCUUUUAAUACCCAGGAUUCUUGGAGAAUGCAUGAGAGAAUUCAUACUGGGGAGAAACCAUAUGUAUGUAAGUACUGUGGGAAAGCUUUCCGCAGAUACAUUCAUUGUAAAAUGCAUGAAAGAACUCAUACUGGAGAGAAACCCUAUAUUUGUAAUCAAUGUGGAAAAGCUUUCACUUCCCAGGUGUCUUGUAAAACACAUGAAAGAACUCAUACUGGGGAGAAACCUUAUGUAUGUAAGUACUGUGGGAAAGCUUUCAGCAGAUACGAUAAUUGUCAAAUUCAUGAAAGCACUCACACUGCAGAGAAGUCUUACAUAUGUAAGCAGUGUGGAAAAGCUUUUCGUACCCAUGCUCAUUGUAAAAUACAUGAAAGAAUUCACACUGGGGAGAAACCACAUAUAUGUAAGCACUGUGGGAAAGGUUUCAGCAGACACAGUGCUUGUCAGGUACAUGAAAGAAUUCACACUGGAGAGAAACCCUAUGUAUGUAAGCACUGUGAGAAAGCUUUUAGCACACGCAGUUGUUGUCAGAUACAUGAAAGGACUCACACUGGAGAGAAACCAUACAUAUGUAAGCAAUGUGGAAAAGCUUUUAGUACCCAGGAUUCUUGUAAAAAUCAUGAGAGAAUUCACACUGGGGAAAAACCAUAUGUAUGUAAGCACUGUGGGAAAGCUUUCAGCAGACAUAUGUAUUGUAAAAUGCAUGAAAGAACUCAUACUGGGGAGAAACCCUAUCUUUGUAAUCAGUGUGGAAAAGCUUUCAGUACCCAGGAGUCUCAUAAAGCACAUGAAAGAACUCAUACUGGGGAGAAACCUUACGUUUGUAAAUUCUGUGGGAAAACUUUCAGCAGACGGGGUAGUUGUCAGAUGCAUGAAAUUACUCACACUGGGGAGAAACCUUAUAUAUGUAAACAAUGUGGAAAAGCGUUCAGCAGACGCAGUUGUUGGCAAGUACAUGAAAGAAGUCACAAUUUGGUGAAACCCUAUGUAUGUAAGCAAUGUGGAAAAGCUUUCUCUUCCCAGUGUUACAGUAAAGUACAUGAAAGAAUUCACACUGGGGAGAAACCAUAUGUAUGUAAACACUGUGGGAAAGCUUUCAACAGACGCAGUUCUUGUCAAAUACAUGAAAAAAAUCACACUGGGGAGAAACCCUAUGUAUGUAAGCACUGUGGGAAGGCUUUUAGCACACACAAUUAUUGUCAAGUACACGAAAGAAUUCACACUGGAGAGAAACCAUAUAUAUGUUCGCAGUGUGGAAAAGCUUUCACUACCCAGGGGUCUUGUAAAGCACAUGAAAGAACUCACACAGGGGAGAAACCUUAUAUAUGUAAGCAAUGUGGAAAAGGGUUCAGCAGACUCAGUUAUUGUCGAGUACAUGAAAGAAGUCACACUGGAGAGAAACCAUAUAUAUGUAAGCAAUGUGGAAAAGCUUUCACUACCCAAGGGUCUUGUAAAGCACAUGAAAGAACUCACACAGGGGAGAAACCUUACAUAUGUAAGCAAUGUGGAAAAGCAUUCAGCAGGGACAGUUAUUGUCAAGUGCAUGAAAGACGUCACACUGGUGAAAACCAAUGUAUGUAAGCAAUGUGGAGAAUCUAUCACUACCCAGUGUUACAGUAAAAUACAUGAAAGAAGUCACACUGGGGAGAAGCCAUAUUUAUGUAAGCACUGUGAGAAAGCUUUUAACACAUACAAUUCUUAUGAAAUACAUGAAGGCACACUGGGGAGAAAACCUAGAUGUAGCACUGGGGGAAAGCUUUCAGCCGGCACAGUCAUUCUCAAAUAUAUGAAAGAACUUACACUGGAUAGGAACCUAAUUAUGAAGCUGUGUGAUAAAGCUUUCAACACUCUAUCAUUGUCAAAACACAUGACUGAACUCACUGGGAAGGAAUCAUAUGUAUGUAAGCACUAUGCUAAAGCCAGCAGAUUUGAUAUUUUCAGGUACAUUAAAGUCUCAUUAGGGAGGAGCCCUAUGUAUGUAAGCAGCAUGGGAAAAGUUUCCACAGAAGUUGUAAUUUUUAAGUACAUCCCUCACUGUGGAGAAACACUAUGCAUGUAAGAAGUGUGAAUAACGAUCUCUAUUCUCAUUUCAUAGAAAUUAAACUGCACAGAAACAUCAUGUAAACAGUGUGACAAAAUGUUCAGUUCAAGCACAUUUUAUCACAUACAAGAAGGAAGGUGCAAUGGGAGAGAAACUAUAUAAGCUUGUUUUGAGAAUCGUUUGAAAAUUUCUUAUCUAUUGGAGACCAGUAGAAAUAAUUAGUACAGAUUUACAUCAGUAUUUGUUCAUAAAUACUCCAUAAUAUUCAAUCUCAGCAAUAUGAAAAAAAAUUGUGUUUUUUAGUAAAUUACUUCUAAAUAUCCAUGGUGAAUUGGUGAAUUAAAAUGUGUUUUUUUCUUUCAAGUAUCAUAAGUAUGUAGUUUUUGUUUUGUCUUUAAAAUAGGUAGGCAUGGAGCAUUGAAAAAUUUAAUACUGCUUAUUUUUUGUAAUUGUUGGGAUUUUGCCACUACUUUUAUUUUCCAUUUUUGCUCUAUGACUCCAUAAUCUGUAUAGUGAAAGAGAAUUUCUGUAUCUUAAUAAAUAUUUUCAGAGA